AUGGAUCCUGAUCAUGUAGAUAUUUCUUUCGAGGCCAAGCAUGGAGCUCUCUUGCAAGAAACACCUUUUGCUCUACCAUUCCACUUGCGAGUUCGCAUUUUACGAUACUUGAUUUCGUUGGACCGUCAAGAUUAUAUCGACGCGCCGGCUAGUUGGCACAAUGCGCAGAUUCGUCGCUCUCAUGUUGUUGAAGAUGGAUACGACAAACUGAACAACCUUGGGCAUAAUUUGAAGCGAACUGUUCAGAUAUCUUUCGUCAAUCAAGAGGGGCUGCAAGAAGCAGGGAUCGACGGAGGAGGGCUCUUCAAGGAAUUCGUCAACACGAUUUCGUUGCAGGCAUUCAACCCUUCUUAUGGCCUUUUCUGCACCACAGGACAAAACCUAUUGUUCCCAAACCCUCAAUCUUUCAAUGUAAAUCCAUGGGCUGGGUCGGUAGAUGAUUUGAGUUUGUUUGAAUUCUUUGGGAGGAUUGUCGGGAAGGCAAUUUAUGAUGGAAUUCUGAUUGAGCUCCGGCUAGCUCCUUUCUUUCUACGAAAGAUGUUGGGCAAGGAGAUGUUUUUUGAUGAUUUGGAAUCCCUCGACCCUGAACUGCACAAGAAUCUUUUACAUCUCAAGAACUACGAUGGAGACUUUGAGAUGUUAAGUCUGAACUUUGAAGUCGUUGAGGAUCAUUUUGGACAAGCGCGGACAACUGAGCUAGUUGAAGGUGGAAGGGAUAUCGCGGUCACUGCCGACAACGUUCUUCAGUACAAGAACCUGAUGCUCGACUACUGGUUGAACAAGCGAAUUGCUCGCCAGAGUCUGGCAUUUAUGAAGGGGAUUUCCGACUUGAUAAGACCGAAAUGGAUUAGAAUGUUUAGUCCAGAUGAGCUUCAGAUGUUGAUCUCUGGAUCCGUCAGCCCGGUCGAUCUAGAGGACCUUCGUGCAAAUUGUGUUUACGGAGGAGGAUACAAUGCAGAGCAUGAAUCGAUAAAGAUAUUUUGGGAUGUUUUGAGCACUUUCGACUCGAAGCAGAGGGAAGACCUCCUCAUGUUCGUCACGAGCUGCUCUCGUCCACCUCUCCUUGGCUUCAAGGAGCUCCAUCCCAGCUUCUGCAUCCAGAAGACCUCUCAUUCUGCCGAGGAGGCUAACUCAAGAUUGCCCACGGCCAGCACGUGCAUGAACCUCCUCAAGCUGCCGGCCUAUUCCGACCCCAAGGCCUGCAGGGAGCGGCUCCUGUACGCCAUCAGCGCAGGCGCAGGGUUUGAAUUGUCGUAAGGCGCCUUUGACGAGAAGGAGAGACGUGUACAUAGCAGUUACUGUGAUCUAGCUUGUUUGGGGAGGAAGGGAAAGGCGUUUUACACCCAGUUUACUUUGAAAACCAAAGAAACAGC